CGGCGGUGAUCCUCUGUUGCUUCUUGGUGACGCUCUGUCCCGCGCUUUUGGCUGACCCCCGAACUUUACUUCUUUGGUGACUCCUAACUCCAUACUUCUGUCAUGAUGCCUCCGCCUUGGAGCAAGAAGCCCAGAUAGACGCCCCCGUGGCCCAGGUUGAGGAGCCGCCUGAUGCUGGCAGUGGGGCCCACCAUGGACGGGGAGUUCCCACAGCAUGAGGCCCCGCCAGCUGGCAGCAUCCUGUACAGCCCGCCACCGCUGCAGAGCCCACUGUGUGGGUCCAGUGUCCAGAGCGCCAUGCUGCACUACCGGUGGUGGAACCCCUUCCCGCCUACGCCAUAUCCAGCCUUCUCCAGUGAAAACCACCAGUUUAUGAACUUUGUGGGUCAGCCCUGCGCAGAUACCAGCUAUAGCCCUGCGGCUGCCACCCCCAGCUUCCUGCCAAAGAGCGACUUUCCUCAGGAAUCCUCGUACCUCGAUGACCUCUCCAACGCCUCCAUCUUCUCCUCAUCUGUGGACUCCCUCUCGGACAUCGCGGACACCCCUGACUUCCUGCCCGCUGACAGCCUCAACCAGGUGCCCACCAUUUGGGAUGUGAGCACUGGCUCCUCUGCCCAAGAUAAGUUGUUCCUGCCCAGUGGGCCAUUUACGGGCCUUGAGGACCCAGUGCCCUCCCUCGCCAGCACUCCACUUCUCAUCAGCUACCAGUCUCAGAGUCAGAGUCAGCCAGAGGAGGAGGAGGAGGCGGAGGAGGAGGAGGCAGAGGAGCUGGGCCACACGGAGAUCUAUGCGGACUAUGUGCCAUCCAAGUCCAAGGUUGGGAAGCAGCACCCUGACCGUGUUGUGGAGACCAGCACACUGUCCAGUGUCCCACCACCAGACAUCACCUACACCCUUGCCCUGCCUGCCUGGGACAGCGGGGUCCUGUCUGCCUUGCAGCUGGAAGCCAUCACCUAUGCCUGUCAGCAACAUGAGGUCCUGCUCCCCAGUGGGCAGCGAGCGGGCUUCCUCAUUGGCGAUGGUGCUGGGGUGGGCAAAGGUCGCACUGUGGCAGGCAUCAUCCUUGAGAACUACCUGCGGGGCCGCAAGAAGUCCCUGUGGUUCAGCGUCUCCAACGAUCUCAAGUAUGACGCUGAGCGUGACCUGCGCGACAUCAAUGCCCCUGACAUCCCAGUGCACGCGCUGAGCAAGAUCAAGUAUGGUGACAACACUACCUCAGAGGGCGUCCUGUUCGCUACCUACUCCGCCCUGAUCGGGGAGAGCCAGGCUGGCGGGCAGCAUCGCACGCGCAUCCGGCAGAUCCUAGAAUGGUGUGGGCCCGCCUUUGACGGCGUGAUCGUGUUUGAUGAGUGCCACAAAGCCAAGAAUGCCAGCUCCACCAAGAUGGGCAAGGCCGUGCUGGACCUGCAGAACAAGCUGCCUCUGGCCAGGGUGGUCUACGCCAGUGCCACAGGCGCCUCUGAGCCCCGAAACAUGAUCUACAUGAGCCGCCUGGGCAUCUGGGGUGAGGGCACACCCUUCCGGACCUUCGAGGACUUUCUGCAUGCCAUUGAGAAGAGGGGCGUGGGUGCUAUGGAGAUCGUGGCCAUGGACAUGAAGGUCAGUGGCAUGUACAUUGCGCGCCAGCUCAGCUUCAGUGGUGUUACUUUUCGAAUUGAGGAAAUCCCACUGGAUCCGACCUUCGAGCUUGUCUACAACCGUGCAGCCCUACUGUGGGCCGAGGCCCUGGGCGUGUUUCAGCAGGCAGCUGACUGGAUUGGUCUGGAGUCCCGCAAGUCCCUGUGGGGUCAGUUCUGGUCGGCCCACCAGCGCUUCUUCAAGUACCUGUGCAUUGCCGCCAAGGUGCGACGGCUGGUGGAGCUGGCCCGGGAGGAACUGGCCCAGGACAAGUGCGUGGUCAUUGGGCUGCAGUCCACAGGCGAGGCACGUACAAGGGAGGUGCUGGAUGAAAAGGAUGGGCAGCUUGACUGCUUUGUCUCAGCCGCUGAGGGUGUCUUUUUGUCACUAAUUCAGAAGCACUUUCCUUCAACCAAAAGAAAGCGAGACAGAGGGGCAGGCAGUAAGAGAAAACGGCGGCCAAGGGGCCGUGGGGCCAAGGCGUCCAGGCCAGCAUACGAGGCGGCAGGUGUGAUCCGAAUCAGUGAUGACAGCAGUACUGAAUCAGAUGCCGGCCUGGACAGUGAUUUCCACUCCUCCCCUGAAUCCCUGGUGGACGAUGAUGUGGUCAUCGUGGAUACCAUAGGGCUCCCUGCUGACGAGCGCGGCCCUCUGUGCCCCCCACAGCGGGACCCCCAUGGCCCCGGCAUCCUUGAGCGGGUAGAGCGGCUGAAGCAGGACCUGCUGGCCAAGGUGCUGGUACUGGGCCGGGAGCUGCCAGUAAACACCCUGGAUGAGCUCAUUGACCAGCUGGGGGGCCCUGAGCAUGUGGCUGAGAUGACCGGUAGGAAGGGCCGUGUGGUGUCCAGGUCUGACGGGACUGUGGCCUUCGAGUCUCGGGCGGAGCAGGGCCUCUCCAUCGACCACGUGAACCUCAGGGAGAAGGAGCGCUUCAUGAAAGGGGAAAAGCUUGUGGCCAUCAUCUCAGAGGCCUCCAGCUCUGGAGUCUCACUCCAAGCUGACCGUAGGGUCCAGAACCAGCGUCGCCGGGUCCACAUGACACUUGAGCUGCCCUGGAGUGCCGACCGUGCCAUCCAGCAAUUUGGCCGAACCCAUCGGUCCAACCAGGUCUCUGCACCAGAAUACAUCUUCCUCAUCUCGGAGCUGGCUGGGGAGCGCAGGUUCGCCUCCAUUGUUGCCAAGAGACUGGAGAGCCUGGGGGCUCUGACACAUGGGGACCGCCGUGCCACUGAGUCCAGAGACCUGAGCAAGUACAACUUUGAGAACAAGUAUGGCGCCCGGGCUCUCAGCUGCGUCCUCAACACCAUCCUGAGCCAGAUGGAGAACAAGGUGCCCCUGCCCCAGGGCUACCCAGGAGGGGAUGCUGCCUUCUUUCGGGACAUGAAGCAGGGCCUGCUAUCAGUUGGCAUCGGUGGGCGAGAAUCCAGGUCCGGCUGCCUAGAUGUGGAGAAAGACUGCUCCAUCACCAAGUUCCUCAACCGCAUCCUGGGACUGGAGGUGCACAAGCAGAAUGCGCUGUUCCAGUACUUCUCUGACACCUUCGACCACCUCAUUGAAGUGGACAAAAAGGAGGGCAAAUAUGACAUGGGCAUCCUGGACCUGGCUCCGGGCAUCGAGGAGAUCUACGAGGAGAGCCAGCAGGUAUUCCUGGCCCCCGGACACCCGCAGGAUGGGCAGGUGAUCUUCUACAAGAUCACUGUGGACCGUGGCCUUAAGUGGGAGGAGGCAUACACCAAGUCGCUGGAGCUGACAGGCCCCCAUGAUGGCUUCUAUCUCUCCUACAAGGCUCGUGGCAACAAACCAAGCUGCCUCCUGGCUGAGCAGAACCACAGCAAGCUCUUCACUGUGUACAAACCCAACAUCGGCCGGCAGAGCCAGCUGGAAACCUUCGACAGCCUGUGCCGGAAGUUCCACCGGGUGACGGCAGAGGACGCCAAGGGUCCCUGGGAGAGUAACUACACCUUGUCGCUGAAGCACUGCAGCCACACUUCGUGGAACCGGCAAUGCCGGCUGGUGCAGGAAGGGAAGGACUGUGUGCAGGGCCUGAGGCUGCGGCACCACUACAUGCUGUGCGGGGCGCUGUUGCGCGUGUGGGGCCGCAUUGCCGCUGUCAUGGCUGAUGUCACCAGCAGCAGCUACCUGCAGAUUGUUCGCCUCAAGACCAAGGACAAGAAGAAGCAAGUUGGCAUCAAGAUCCCCGAGGGCUGCGUGCCCCGAGUACUACAGGAGCUGCAACUCAUGGAUACAGAUGUGAAGCGCAAGAAUGCUCAUAGCCAGGGCUUCCCUGUGCCACCAUCUGCCCUGCGCCCACUCGCACUGCCCUGUGGCCCCGGAGAGGUUCUCGACCUCACUUACAGUCCACCAGCCCAGGUCUUCCCACCGCCCUCACCCUUUACCUUUCCACUACCCCAGGACCCUGCACCCGAUCUACUGCUGGGCACCCCUGAUGCCCCGGCUGACCCCACAGCCCUUGUGCACCAGGGCUGUGACAUCAACUUCAAGGAGGUGCUAGAGGACAUGCUGCGUUCCCUCAACGCUGUGCCGCCCCCAGAGCCCCCUGGCCCGCUGGGAGGUGGUGCAGGGGUGGCAGGGGUGCCAGCGGGUGGGGGAGGCCCUGAGCGGCAGAGCGUCAUCCAGUUCAGUCCGCCCUUUCCCAAUUCCUAGGCUUGGGCUGUGGCCCAUAGCCAGGCGUUCUUCCUGGAUGGAACUUAUCUGUAAUACACCACAUCUACAGACAGGUCUUGUACCAAAGUGGGUGGUAAACAGGGCUCAGGUCCCCCUGCCAACUACUGAGAGGAAGGGGAGCUGGGGUGCCCCUCAUCUAGCUAACCAAGGCCUCCACUGUAGUGCCUUCCUGGUCAGUGCCUGGGCAAACCCCUCAGGAUGCUGCCACCCUGCCCAGUGGGGCAGCAGGUGUGUUAUGUCUCACUCAGGGGCUCAGGCGGGGCCUGGGGGUGGAGCUGCCCUCUCUGUGCCUCUCCUAUCCUGCCCUCCAGGCCUGGACAGGGCUCCCCUUCCCAGCCCACCCCUUCCGGCCUAGAAAUGCCAGAACCCCUGAAAUACACAAAACUGGGUGGCCCCUAGAGCUGGAAACUCAGGAAACCCCCGGUUCUCAGGGCCUUGUCUCUGGGAGGCUGUGUGGGGCAGACCCCCCAUUAAUAUAUGCAAUCUCCCCCUACCUGCUCUCUGCUCCCUAAAUUAUUGCCCAGCUGCCUCUUCCAGGCCCCAGAAUCUGCCUGUGGAGCUGGAGGGGUGGGCGGCCCCUGGUUUCUAUGUGUAUUUAUAAUUCAAGUGUAUAUAUGUAAAAAGAUCUUU